AUGCAAACUGAUUCGAUAUCACUCGAUACGCUCAAAAAUAAAUUGUUGUGUGCUGUCGAUGGUGAAUACAAUGUUCUUAAGCCUGAAACUGUAUUGGAUAUUAUUUGUCAAUUAGAAAAAAUGGAAAUUACAAAGGAUCAAUUACAAGCAACACGUCUUGGUCGUGAGAUAAAUACAAUUCGUCAAAAAUUAGAUGCACGAAAAAAAACUAUUUCAUCGACUGAAACAUAUCCAGAAUUAAUUAUUGAAAUAACUCAACGAGCAAAGAAACUUCUUCGAUCUUGGCAAGGUCUAUUGAAUGUUUCUCAAACUGAUGUAUCGUCGAAUACAUUAUCACCAACCAAUGGUGAUACAAAACCUCGCCUCAUACUCAGAGUUAAAUUAAAUUCUCCCGUAAAGAAACGUAAACAUGAAUCCGAUUCAGAUAUAGUCAAUGGUGGAACGAAUGCUAAACGGAAGAAAACUCAAGUUCUUCAAACACCAACGCCUAUUUCACCUGCUCUAUUAACUGAAACAAAUGGCAGCCUACCGCGUUUAAAAACUACACAACAAAUUUUAAUGGAAAUGCAAAAAAAUGAACCACACGUACUGUCAACAGAAACAUCAACUGUUCAUGCUAUUUUACAAAAGAGAAUCAUUGAUGAAAGUCUGAAUGAACCAGCUAAAAUCGAUUAUUCAGCUUUACACCAUGGAAGAGAUUUGAUUAAUAUGAAUACAAAUUCUAUUCAAUAUUCAAGAAAAAUUUCAUCUCCCAACAAUCCUAUUGUUAAAUCCGGUUCAUCAUCGAAACUUCAAUCGCUUAUUCAUCGAUCAUCGUCAACGUUAAUACCUGCGAAUAGUAAUUGGGAAAAUGGUAGUAGUGCAGGCUCACCUAUAUCACCAUUAUCAUCCUCAUCGUCGUCAUCUAUAAUUAGUACAAGCUCUUGGCCUGUUUCUACAAUCAUUCCUGAGCCAUCGUUAACUGUUUCUAUUGUUCCAAAAAAGAAACGGCAAAAAAAAGAUGAUGACAGUGAUAAUGAUCAACAACUAUGUGAACCAUCAAAUAUUGAACAGUCAACAACAUUUACAUCCGAUCUAGCAACUAUGUGUGCAUCAUACAAUAAAGUUGCUGAUCUUGUUGAAGAUCAUCGUCGACGUAUAAUAGCUAAAUAUGAAUCUCGAGAAUUAGAAGCAAGACCUGAUUUAUUAUUAGUACCAAUCGAUCAACUUGCCUUUGUUUAUGCGCGAGAACAGAGUAAUGAGUUAAAUUUACCCAUUGAAACCACACAUUCAUCUAUGACUAAAGUCGAAAAAUUUACUCUACCAUUUGAUCUUAUUGCUUUACCAUUUAUUGAUUGUCCACUUGAAUUUGAUCUGGUACUUGAUGAACUAGUCGUACAAAAUCCCAUCAUGGACAUGUAA